AUGGGUAGAAUAAGGAAAAGAAACUUGAGGCAAGAUGGUAAGAAAUCAAUCGAUAUUAUAAAAUUAUCAAAUAAUGGUCAUUCGGGAAGAUGCAUAAAUUAUUAUGAUGUGACGACACAAUAUAUCAAAUGGUACAAUAGAGAAGUCACCAAUUUUUUUGAUUGCACACCAAAUAUGUAUCCGAAAUUACAUUCUUCCUACGUUCAUGUCAAUAGUACUUAUGAAUUUCAUAAACAUAAAAGUGAUCAAGCAAACGCUGUUUCAGAUGCCGAGUAUGAUGAGAUGGGUGAAUUAGACGAGGAGAGUGAAGUGAUUGAGUAUGGUUCUUUUUGGACAUCAAGUGAGAAAAGAAUGUUUUUUAAUCUUUUAAGCAGAUAUUCAAUUCAUAGACUAGAUGAUUGGUACCCAUAUUUUAAUGGUACAAAGAGCAAAAUAGAAGUAUUAACAUACUAUAAUGUAUUACAGAGAAACCUGAAAUCAGUUAAAGAGAGAUUACCUAACCUUUUGUAUAAAUAUGAGGAUUAUCCUAUAUCGUAUGAGAUGGAUGACAAUUUUAUUGAAUUCGAUGAACAUAUGAGUCAAAGACUAAUUGAUAAAGAUGAAUUGGAAUAUUAUUAUGAUAAUGAACCGGUGAACAGUAAUAACAACAGCAAUAUCCAAAGUAACGGGAAUAGCAAUAAUAAUAAUAACAAUAAUAAUAACAAUAACAAUAAUUUAAUUGUGAAUUUUGACAAAUGGAAUCAAAUAUGGAACCAAUUUUAUCGAAAGAGUAUUAAUGAUGAUAAGAAUAUGGAUGUCGAUACAAGAUAUCCGGAAUUCAUUGGAGAUGAAAUGAAUUAUAAACAAGAUUCCAACAAACUUUAUGAAAUCCAAAAGGAGAUAAUAGAAUUGAAGGGGAAAGAACAUAGAGUAUUACAAUAUACACCUGUGGAUGAAAAUGAAACAAAUAAUGCCAUAACAACAACAACAAUAAAAAGAGGGAAAAGAAAAACAAUUCAACCAUUACCACUUAAUAAAGAAUCUAUGGAAUACAUUGAAACAUGUGUUAGAAAUUACAUUCGAGAUAUUUUAUAUUUUACGAUACUGUCAAGAAUUAAUAAAAGAAGUAUUCAUGGAGACCAUGUAAAUAGGUUAUUUCGAUAUAAUAAUAGGAUGAAUUUCAAGAAGAUAUUAAAUAAAAAAUAUAGGAAAGCUAUUAAAUUGUCAGUGAAGAAUAAAGAAAGAGAUUAUAUAAUAAGGAAUAAAAGGAAUAGUAAUAAUAAUAAUAAUAGCGAUAAUGAUAAUGAUAAAGAGGAAGGAGAGGAAGGAGAGAAAGCAGAUAAGAAUGAUAGGAUGUUGUAUCCACAUGUCAUUACUAAAGAAGAGAUCUUUAAGGGGAUCAUACUAAUGAGACAGGAUAGACCCAAAAGGCAUAUUGAAAUGAAUAAAUCUAUUGAAGUUAUUAAUACAAUAAACAAAUUUGAAAUGAAAUUGGAUGAUAAAGAUGUUAGUAAUAAUAAUAAUAAUAAUAAUAAUAAUAAUAAUAACAUGAUGAUGAUGAAAAUAUUUAAGGAAAGAUGGUUUUUACGGUCACUAAUAAAUGAAAUGGUAUAUGAUAAAUUAAAUCAUCCAAUCCCAAUAGUAAUUAAUAACACUAAUUAUAAUGAUAUAGAUAUAUAUGAUGAUAUUAAGAGUACUAAUAGUGGAUUUGAAAGAGGAAAUAAUAGUUACGAUUAUGAUAUAAAUCUACAAAGUGAAUAUAGUAGGUUGAUUAAGAACCCAAUUGAUCAAGAAUUGAAAAUGAUAAUUGGAUUAAUGAGAAAGGGUACACUUUCUAUAUCCAAAAGAGGUAAUAAAAUAAAGAUAAAUAGUGAAGAAGAGAUAACGAUGCAAAGGAAGAAUAAAUAUAACUUUGAAAUAGUAAACGAUGAUAGUAGUUAUAUUGAAUGGGGAUCAAUAAUUAAUAAGAUAUUGAAUAAAAGAUUAGAUAACGAGUUAGAGUUAAGAUUGAUAGAGAGAGAGAGAGAGAAUCUUGAAAGAAAAGAUCAGUUGAAAUCAAGACAAUAUUUAGAUACAUUAUAUCAUUAUUUUGGUAGUAUAUUAAGUAUGACCCCACCUGGAACUGGUGGGAACAGCCAUCAUUAUAGUGAUAGUAAUAAUAUAAUUACCAAUAGAUUAUAUGUUAUGAUAGAUGAGGAUGACAUGGGAAGGGAAACAAGAGAAGAAGAAGAAGAAGAGGAAGAGGAAGAGGAGGAUUAUAUAUGGCCAUCUACUGUCAAAGUGUUUGAGAGAAUGAAUUUCUAA